AGAGGAGAGGUCCGCUGUCAUGCAGGGGGAGAAGGCGAGGGCAUGCCUGCGGAGCCUAGGCUUCACCUCCGUCUCCAGAUCAAGGGGGACGCGGCUCUGCCCCCCGGACUACCGUGCCUCACUGCCUGCUGCGGGGUUGACGGAGUGUUUAAAUGUAAAACCAGCUUUUAAGGCUGUUUUGUGCCUGGAGCUGGGCAUGAUUCUGGGGCUUGGUGCCUGCUGUCGUGUAUUGGCCCUUCCUCUCCUUCUGUUGGGAGGUCUUCAGGGAAGAACCCAAGCUGUAGCUGCAAGCCAUGCAUACAGUACACAGGAGGAGAACCCCACCAGAUCAGUUGGGAGGUACCCAAUACCUAAUAAAAAGGACAUGCCCUUCGAUAUAGUGGAGCUCAUGGAGGAAGUUGAGAGGAAGACUGGAUUUUUGCCUAAUGUGUUCAAAGUGAUGUCUCAUCGGCCUGAAGAAUUCAGAGCAUUCUUUGCCUAUUACAAUGCCAUUAUGAACAAAGAGACAGGAAGACUUAGCAAGGCGGACAAAGAGCUCAUCAUUGUGGCUACAAGCAUGAUUAACAGAUGUCCAUACUGUGUCACUGCACAUGGGGCUUUGCAUCGAAUAUACUCUAAAAAGCCAACAUUGGCCGAUCAGGUUGGUGUGAAUUGGCAACUGGCUGAUCUAAGUGAUCGGGAGAAAGCAAUGCUGGAGUUUGCUGUAGCAGUUAGUCAUGCUGAAAAUAUAACUGGAGAACACUUCCAAAAGCUGGAGGCACAUGGGUUUGAUCGGGAAGAUGCCUGGGACAUAGGAACAAUCACUGCUUUUUUUGCCAUGUCUAACCGUAUAGCUCACUUCACUGACAUGCGUCCAAACCAAGAGUUCUACACCAUGGGCAGAGUACCCAAGGAGAAGGAAAAGGCAGAAACUUCCUAACACUGCUGUGAUGGUUACAGCUUGAUAUGGAGACAUACCACAUUCUUAAAUGCCAAGGCUUACUGGCUGCAUCUACACAAGACACUGAUUGCACAGUUGUUACUGCACAGUCAUUUAGGCCUUGUAUAAACAAGAACUAAAUGACUGUGCAGUAACUGGAGUUACUGCGCAGUAGUGUCACCAAAUGGCUUUUUUGUGAUGCUGGCUGCGCAAUAGGCCGAAACUACUGCGCAGUAGCAUCACAUCACGCUUGCUGCCAUGCGACGCUACUGCACGGUAGUCACAGGCUACUGUGCAGUCAGUCUUGUGUAGAUGCAACCACUGAAUAUGUAAAAGGUGCAGGUUAAAACUAGAUUGUCACCAGAGAUCAGAUGGGAAAUGGACUUUGCUUCACUUCAAUGAACAAAAAUCUAGGAAGGUGUUUCAACAGCUUGCCAAUUGCCAAACCUUGUCUUAAAACUGUGUUUUGAGUGUGAUAAAGUGUCUGGGAAACAUGCUGUGAUUUAUGAAUAUGCUGUUAAGCAACUUUUUCAUCACCUCCAUACUGUUUGAGUGAAUACAGAACGGGCUUUUAUAUAUACAGUACAACACAAUUUUCAUGUAGGUUGUAAUAAUUUCUUAUAGUAAUUUUGCUAACGAUCUGAGAUUUGUCUAUAAAUAAGGAUAAGGGAAGAGGGGUUAGCAUCUUUGCCUUUCUCAACCUUGUUAAUUUGUUCCUGCAGUGAGGACCUAAUGCUGCCUGUGUAACAUUAUAAUCAGUUCAGUGGGGCAUUCUUUCAAGCAAGAUUGGAGGAAUAAUCAGUGCAAGCCUGAGCCAGAGCUCUUAUAAAAAUUUCUCUUUAAGGCCUUUACUACAGAGCUCUGGUUCAGCCUUGCACUAGCUUGCUCUAACUCCCCAAAAAGCCAACCAGACAUUUUCCACUGAAAUCACUGAGACAUGGCUCAGGCUUUUUUUUUCAAUCUUUUUUUUUUAAUGGAUCAAGAUGAAAAAAUUCUAAUGCACUGAAGAAAAAAGUCAGGGAGAAAUUGCAUGCAUGACCAAUGUUGCCAUCUCUUGCUAUUUUAUCUGUAUUCAUCUGCCAUCUGAUGUUUCUCUUAAAGCUCCAUCUCCCCGAGUCAAGUGAUUAUGUGAGGAUCUCACUAGGUCACUGUUUAGAAAAGUAAGUUUCUGUCCCAGGGUUGUGGGGAAAACCUUGAAAAUGUGAAUUCUAAUGACAAAGACAUGAGGAGGCAAAUAAAGAGAAUCCAGUACUUAUUUUAGUACCGAGCCCUUGCAAUUUAGUGCACUGCAAAAAUAUUCCUUUCUCCAACCUGUUUCUCUCACUUCUUUUUAGUAGGCAGGCCCCGCAACCCAGUUACUAUGAAACAUGAGAGAAAGUGUGGGGGGAAAUGAGAAAGGUGGAAACCAGGGGUCUUGUCUUAUGCAUGUUGAAGAUAAAAA